CAAAAGAGUGGUUCAGUUUCAAUGCUAAAAGACAAGAGAAGUCAUAGGAUAAAAUAAACAUGAGAAUAUGCUCUUGUAAGGAUAGAGCUAUUAUUGGUAUGGCACACAUUUUAAUUUUUGGAAUAACAAGAAAAAAGGGAGCUGUUACAAUUCUGAGCAUACCAUCACAAACCUAAUUACAUACAUGAAGACAGCUCAUCACAAGCUUUGUUCUAUCCAUAAAAUAUAGCUCAUCACAAGCUAGUUUCAGCAACAAGGUUGAAAACUUUCUGAGCUAAUGGAAAAAAAUAAUAAUGUUGAAAGAGCCAGUGAAAUUUUCAAAGCACAGGCUCAUAUUUACAAACAUGCAUUUGCUUAUGCAAAUUCCAUGUCCCUGAAUUGUACCAUUCAGUUAGGCAUACCAGAUAUUAUUCAUAACAACAAAAAACCAAUCACUCUUCCUGAUCUACUUUCAGCACUAAAACUUCCCUCAUCAAAAUCAAAUGGCAUUCAUUGACUAAUGCGUCUGUUGGUGCACUCUCAAUUCUUUGAUAUAACAAAGCUUGAAGAAAACUCAGAAACAGAAGGAUAUGUUUUGACAACUUCUUCAAGGCUGCUUCUUAAGAGUGAAAUCCCAAAUUUGUCACCUUGUGUUCGAGUAAUGGUUGAUCCUGUCCUUGUCACUCCUUGGCAAUUAUUGGGAGAAUGGUUUCACAAGAAUGAAGAAGCGACGCCAUUUGAGACAGCACAUGGGGUGCCUAUGUGGGACUUUUGUGCACAAAAUCCAAUAUUUGACAGAGUUUUUAAUGAAGGAAUGGCUAGUGAUUCCCAAAUGAUGAGAUUAGUUGUUAACGACUGCAGGGAAGGUUUUGAGGGACUGAAUUCAUUGGUUGAUGUUGGCAGUGGUACUGGCAUUGUAGCUAAGACCAUCUUGGAGGCAGGGGUGGCUCUAUGCUUUAUAAGAUAAGGCUUACGCCUUAGGCCUCCAAAUUUUGGGGCCCCAAAUUUUUAUCAAGAACA